CGACCCAGCCAACCAAUGGUAGACAAAUCCCAGCAGACUGAAGUGACAGAGAAAAAGAAACACUUGCCUAUAGCACAAUCAUCUGGCCCUAAAGCUACCCUUAGUAUUGGUAAUAUUCCUGGAAGCAAAGUCAACUAUGAGUCUCUCAGAGUAUCUUCUCAACUUCAGCAAACUUGGACAAAGAGAAAGCGUGUACAGGAUAUGACUGAUAAAUCUCUGCAAACAGACGCUACUGUAGAAGAGAAAAAAGAAGAAAUCAUGUCAAUUAGUGAAACAGUGAUACCUGAAGAAAAGCUAGCUGCUGUUGGAGAAGCAGUCCCUGACUUUCCAGAGAGUGUUCAGGAAGUAGAAAUUCCACCAAGCAGACAUUCAGUUCAAUUCAAAAUAGAUAGAUCUCAGCAGACUAGUUGUACUGGAGACUGGACAAUGAUGAACAUUCCUCAAAAAGUGGACAAGGAACAGCAGACGUACUUUAGUGAAACAGAAAUAAUGGUUAUUGGCAGGCCAGAUAGCUCUUUUUCAAAGUCAAAUGAAGUUGUGCAGAAACGUAAAUCCUCAGGGAAGUUUUUCAUUAGUGAACAUCCUGAAUUGCAACCCUCAACAAGUAAAGAUGAAGCAAUUGGGCAGAUACAUAGCAGAUUUCUAUUUGGUCAACAAAGCAAAAAAGGUUCUUUGGAAUUUUCAGAAGAUGAGCAGUAUGUUCUAGGUGAAGUACAGCCUCCCACUGCAGAAGAGAUCUCUGCUGAAGUGCAACCUCUGCCAGCUGAGGAGACUACUACAGAAAACUCCCCAACUGUACUUCAGCCUCCACCAACUGAAGAGGUUCCUGCAGAAGAGGCCCCUGCUAAAGUAGAGCCCACACUGGGUGAAGAGGCUCUUUCAGAAGGGCCUCCUGAUGAAGUUCAGUCUCCAAAAGUUGAAGAAGCUUCUAUUGAAGUACAGCUUUCCCCAGCUGAGGAGACUCCUGCAGAAGAGGCCCCUGCUAAAGUAGAGUUUAUCCCUGCUGAAAAGGCUUUUUCAGAAGAGGCUUAUGCUGAAGUUCAGCCUCUAUCAGCUGAAGAGCCUCCUACACAAGAGGCCCCAGAACUUCAGCUUUCACCAGCUGUGGAGGCCCCUGCAGAAGAGGCCCCAGCUGAAGUUCAGUCUUCACCAGCUGAGGAGGCCUUCUCUGAAGAGGCCCCAGCUGAAGUUCAGCCUCCACUAGCUGAAGAGACCCCUGCAGAAGAGGCCCCAGCUGAAGUUCAGCCUCCACCAGCUGAGACAUCUCCUGAAGUUCAGUCUCCACCAGCUGAGGAGACCCCGGCAGAAGAGGUCCCAACUGAAGUUCAGCUUCCACCAGCUGAGACAUCUCCUGAAGUUCAGUCUCCACCAGCUGAGGAGACCCUGGCAGAAGAGGUCCCAACUGAAGUUCAGCUUCCACCAGCUGAGACAUCUCCUGAAGUUCAGUCUUCACCAGCUGAGGAGGCUCCUGCAGAAGAGGCCCAAGGUGAAGUUUGGUCUCCACCAGCUGAUGAGGGCCCUGAAGAAGAGGCUCCAGAUGAAAUUUGGUCUUUACCAGCUGAGGAGGCUCCUGCAGAAAAGGCUCCAGAUGAAGUACAGUUUCCAUCAGCUGAGGAGGCUCCUGCAGAAGAGGCUCCAGAUGAAGUACAUUUUCCACCAGCUGAGGAGGCUCCUGCAGAAGAGGCCCCAGAUGAAGUUUGGUAUCUACCAGCUGAGGCAAGCCCUGCAGAAGAGGCCUCAGCUGAAAUUUGGUCUCCACCGAUUGAGGAGGCCUCAGCUGAAAUUUGGUCUCCACCAGCGGAGGAGGUCCCUAAAGAAGAUACCCCAGCUGAAGUUUGGUCUGCACCAGCUGAGGACGCCUCAGCUGAAAUUUGGUCUCCACCAGCAGAGGAGGUCCCUAAAGAAGAUACCCCAGCUGAAGUUGGGUCUGCACCAGCUGGAGGAGUCCUCAUUGAACUUCAUCCAUCAGAUGAAGAAACUACUUUAGAAAUGGUCCCUGUUGACAAAUAGUUUCCAGCAGCUGAAGAGGACUUUAUUACACAAAUCUCUAUAGAAGAUGUCCUUGCUAAAGUUCAGCCUCCACCAUCUGAACACAUUGCUGUAAAUGAAGCUUUGGUAGAACAUAUGUCGACUGAAUAUCAAUAUCUCCAGACAACAGAUGUCCCAGUGGUAAAAUUAGAAUCACUGGUUUUGGAAGAUCAGCAAAAACUUGAAGAGCCUUUAGAACUGGAUCCUGCCCCUGAAGAUUUGUCUAAUAUCAAGAAAGAACAGGUCCUGGCCUUCAAAGUGGAGGGUGUCUUUCAUAUAGAAAUAAAAUAG